AUGUUCAUGAUUACCCACACAAUGUCUCUCAUGUUCGUGCUACAUGCCUAUACUGUCUUGCACAUUAUCACCAAUCAUCGCAGGCUCAAGGAAAAGAUGUUGAAGGAGCGGUUUGGAGAUUGGAAAACAUCGUUUCGUUACAUCCCUCGCCUGUUGGAACGCUUCAGGGCGAUUGACCUUGAAUCAACGCUCGACCUUGUGACGAAGGAUCACGCUUUCUUCCGUGCUUUUGCCGCCCCAUCGGCAUCGAAAACUGCCCUAAGGUUCUGCCGACCGGUCAUUGGUAUGGAUGGCUCGUUUCUCAUUCGGGCACAGCGUGCUACGCUCUUGGUUGCAGCUGCUAAGGAUGGCAAUAACCAGCUUGUUCCACUCGCGUACGGCCUAUGCGAGAGUGAGAAUAAGGACAGUUGGAAGUGGUUUUGUGAGAACUUGUUGAAGCAUAUUCCAUCUUGGCCAACCACACAGAAUGCCUCCCUUAUUAGUGACCGUGACAAGGGGUUGAUUCCUGCUGUUAAGGAAGUGUUCCCAUUAGAGCUUCCCCACUACUUUUGCAGCUGGCAUUUGGAGCAAAAUGUGCUAAAGUUUGGGCCCAACGCCUCGGAGGCGUGGCAAAUGCCUCUGCAGCAGAAUGAAUAUGACUGUGGCAUCUUCGUAUGCCAGUACAUUCAAGCGCUAGUGGAGGCAUGCUUCGAAGAAGGACGGCUGAUCGGCGAGCUCACGGCAGCUGGGCAUGAGAUCCCUCCUGGCAAUGAGAUUAGGAAACCACCUGAGCUUGAGGUGAUUGGUGAUGAGGUGGAGGAUAGGGAGUGGAGAGCGGAGAUGGCAGAGCGGAUGCAUAGGCUGGAGCCGGGCAUUGGCGGUGUCGAUACAGGGGAGGGACAUGGUGAUGUGGGAGGGGACGCUGCAGGAGAGGGACAUGUUCAUGUGGGACAGGUAACUACAGGGGAGGGACAUGGGGAUGCGGGAGGGGAUGCUGUAGGGGAGGGACAUGGGGAUGUGGGAGGGAACAACGCUGGCACACAUGACAGCAUGAGAUGUGCACAUGGCGAGGGUCCUGUGGCUGACGUUGAGACGGGUGUAGCAUAUGCCGCAGCCGCCCACAUUUGCCGACCGUCCCUCUCCAGCUCAACGAUGGUGGAGUUGAGCGUGGAGGAGAGGCGGUGCUUGGAGGGACUGCCGACGCAUGGGGUUGCAAGGAUAGUGGAGGCCAAGCGGUGGGCAGAGUGGAGGAACUGGCGAGAAGUGCUCGGCAGCCUCCCUGAGCCUUCUAUCCCAACGCCAGCAGGAGUACACAGACAGGCUCCACCUCCCUUUUCCCACCAGCACCCUGGAGCCACGUUUGGCAACUACCACCCGCCAGCCGCCGCCUUUGCGGGACACGCCGGUCAGGGUAGAUGGCCUGACAUAUUCACAGUCGACUUCUCCCAACAAUCCCAACCCAACGUCCCACGGCUCCGCACUGGCAAGCGAGCCAGCAACAGGUGCCCAGCACAAAAAAUUUGCAGUUUUCGAGCAUCAGCCAUGGCAGCCCUCAUGGACAUCCAAGCAGCUCGUAUGGGAGUUUCGUCGCGGCAAAGUAUUGCGACCGUUCGCUCACCGCUGACGUCCCAGCCUCUCCUUGUUCCGUGCGUCGCCCCCGCGGGCCGCGUGCUGGGGUCCCGUCGCCCGCUGCACCGCUCCCUGCGCGCCAUGGCCGGCCAGGACGGCCGGCAGCCGUGGGACCUGGGGCGCUUCGCGCGCACCGUGUUCUUCUUCAACGAGCCGCCGUCCCUCGACUCCCUCUUCUCGUCGCUGGUGACUGCGCUCACAGGCGCUCCUGCGUCCCCCGCGCCAGUCGCUGCAGCGGACACGGGCGGGCGGGAGGGGGGAGAGCUGGUGCUGGUUGUGGGGGCGACGGGGGGAGUGGGCAAGCGGGUGGUGGAGCUGCUGCGAGCGCGGGGGGUGCCUGUGCGCGCGCUGGUGAGGCAGACGGGUGAAUGGGGAGGCGGGCAGCAGUGGGUUACCCAGUGGCCUCUAUGCUCGCUGUUGCUUCAUGUUGUGCGCAACCUGGACAAGGCGCAGAGCUUGCUGGGGGAGGACGUUGAUGUGGUGGCAGCGGAUGUGACGCAGAUAGCAACGCUGCAGCCGGCGUUCUUCAGGGGUGUGACGGCGGUGGUGAAUGCAUGUGCUGUCACUGUGGGGCCCAAGGAGGGCGACACCGCAGACAGGCAGAAGUACUACCAGGGCAUCAAGUUCUACGACCCACAGAUCAUAGGCGACACGCCAGAGGCAGUGGAGUACACGGGCGUUGCCAACCUGCUCGCCCGCCUGCGCCCGCAACUCGCCGCUGCUGCUGGCUGCCACACCAUCUUCUCCCUCACCGACAGCGGGGAGCCAGUGGGGGCGCUGUGGGGCGCGCUGGACGACGUGGUGAUGGGGGGAGUGAGUGAGAGUGCUCUGCAGUAUGACAAGACGGCAGGGGAGGGGGGCCUGCCUGCUGCCCUCUUCACAGGCACAGUGUCCACAGCUAACAGCGGUGGCUUUGUCAGUGUGCGCACCAAGAACCUGUCACCCGCGCUGGACCUGUCAGCGUACGAGGGGUUGGAGGUGCGCGUGCGCGGCGACGGGCAGCGCUACAAGCUCAUCCUGCGCACCACUGCAGCGUGGGACGCCCUGGGCUACACUGCCAGCUUCGACACCCUCGCUGGCUCCUGGCACACUGUCCGCCUGCCCUUCUCCUCCUUCGCUCCUGUCUUCCGAGCGCGCACUGUGCCUGGAGCUCCCCCCCUCGACACCUCCAAUAUUGCUUCACUGCAGCUCAUGCUCAGCAAGUUUGAGUACGACGGUCGCCUCAACCCCUCCUUCACGCCUGGUCCCUUCACCCUGCCACUCACGUCCAUCGCUGCCUAUCCAUCAGACCCCUCGCCACUUCCCAGGAUAGUGCACGUGGGGUCAGCGGGGGUGACGCGCCCCAAGCGCCCGGGGCUGGACCUGUCGCGGCAGCCGCCAGCAGUGCGCAUGAAUGAUGAGCUGGGGGGCAUCCUCACGUGGAAGCUGCGUGGGGAGGACCUCGUGCACGCCAGUGGGCUGCCCUUCACCGUGGUGCGCCCGUGCGCUCUCACGGAGGAGCCGGUGGGCGCGCCUCUGCUCUUUGACCAGGGCGACAACAUCACGGGCAAGAUUGGAAGGGCGGAAGUGGCUCGGAUCUGUGUGGAGGCCUUGUCAUCACCUGCAGCUGCCAAUAAAACAUUUGAGGUGAAGAGCACUGUGCCGUUCAGUGAGCCAUUCACCGUGGACCCCAGCAACCCGCCCACCCCAUGCGACACUCAGCCUUUCUUCGCAGCACUGCAGCCGGGUAUCACUGGGAAAGAGCUGCUGGAGGAGAACGUCUCUGCGUGA